CAGGUCUCGUCUUCCCUGGUCUGUGUCCUCUUCUCCUAGGGGCCCAGCCUCUGUGGCCCUGUGACCUGCAGGUAUUAGGAGAUCCCCAGCUAAGACGCCAGGUCCUCCUGGAAGCCUAGAAAUGGGACCACUGACAAUUAGGGAUGUGACUGUAGAAUUCUCUCUGGAGGAGUGGCAUUGCCUGGACACUGCACAGCAGAAUUUAUAUAGGGAUGUGAUGUUAGAGAACUACAGAAACCUGGUCUUCCUGGGUAUUGCUGUCUCUAAGCCAGACCUGAUCACCUGUCUGGAGCAAGGAAAAGAGCCCUGUAAUAUGAAGAGACAUGAGAUGGUAGCCAAACCCCCAGUUAUAUGUUCUCAUAUUGCUGAAGACCUUUGCCCAGAGCGAGACAUAAAAUAUUUUUUCCAAAAAGUCAUACUGAGGAGAUAUGAUAAAUGUGAACAUGAGAAUUUACAAUUAAGAAAGGGCUGUAAAAGUAUGGAUGAGUGUAAGGUGUGCAAAGGAGGUUAUAAUGGACUUAACCAAUGUCUGAUAACUACCCAGAGCAAAAUAUAUCAAUGUGAUAAAUAUGUAAAAGUCUUCUAUAAGUUUUCAAAUUCAGAUAGACAUAAGAUAAGACAUACUGAAAAGAAAACUUGCAAAUGUAAAGAAUGUGGCAAAUCAUUUUGCAUGCUUUCACAACUAACUCGACAUAAGAGAAUUCAUAUUAGAGAGAAUUCCCACAAAUGUGAAGAAUGUGGCAAAGCCUUCAACCAGUCCUCAGCUCUUACUCGACAUAAGAUGACUCAUACUGGAGAGAAACCCUACAAAUGUGAAGAGUGUGGAAAAGCUUUUAACCGGUCUUCACACCUUACUCAACAUAAGGUAAUUCAUACUAGAGAGAAACCCUACAAAUGUGAAGAGUGUGGCAAAGCCUUUAACCGGUCUUCACACAUUACUCAACAUAAGAGAAUUCAUAAUAGAGAGAAGCCCUUCAAAUAUGAUGAAUGUUGCAAAGCCUUUAAGUGGUCCUCAGCUCUUACUACCCUUACUCAACAUAAGAGAAUUCAUACUGGAGAGAAACCCUACAAAUGUGAAGAGUGUGGCAAAGCCUUUAACCAGUCCUCAGCCCUUACUCGACAUAAGAUGAUUCAUACUGGAGAGAAACCCUUCAAAUGUGAAGAGUGUGGCAAAGCUUUUAACCGGUCUUCACACCUUACUCAACAUAAUAUAAUUCAUACUGAAGAGAAACCCUACAAAUGUGAAGAGUGUGGAAAAGCCUUUAAUCGGUCUUCACACCUUACUAAACAUAAGAGAAUUCAUACUAGAGAGAAGGCCUACAAAUGUGAUGAAUAUUGCAAAGCCUUUAACUGGUCCUCAGCUCUUACUACCCUUACUCAGCGUAAGAUAAUUCAUACUGGAGAGAAACCCUACAAAUGUGAAGAGUGUGGCAAAGCCUUUAACCGGUCUUCAUACCUUAUUCGACAUAAGAUAAUUCAUACUGGAGAGAAACCCUACAAAUGUGAAGAGUGUGGCAAAGCCUUUAACCAGUCUUCACACCUUACUCAACAUAAGAUAAUUCAUACUGGGGAGAAGCCCUACAAAUGUGAAGAAUGUGGCAAAGCCUUUAACCGGUCUUCACACCUUUCUCAACAUAAGAUAAUUCAUACUGGAGAGAAACCCUACAAAUGUGAAGAAUGUGGCAAGCCUUUUAAUCGUUUCUCAUACCUUACCGUACAUAAGAGAAUUCAUGCUGGAGAGAACCCCAACAAAUAUGAAGAAUGUGGCAAAGCUUGUAACCAUUCCUCAAACCUUACUAAACAAAUUCAUAAUGGAGAAAAACCCUACAAAUGUGAAGAAUGUGUCAAAGCUUUUAACUGUUCCUCAAUCCUUACUAAACAUAAGGGAAUUCAUAAAGAGAAACCCUACAAAUGUGAAGAACGUGGCCUGGCUUUUAACAAAUCCUCAACAUUUACUAAGCAUAAAAUAAUUCAUGCUGGAGAGAAACUCUUGAAAUGUGAUGAAUGUGGCAUAGCCUCUACCCAGUUCUCAACUCUUACUAAACAUGAGAACUCAUGUGGAAGAUAAAGCCUACAAAUAUGAAGAAUGUGACAAGGCCUUUAAAAGUUCUCAACCCUUAUUACGCAUAAUUUAUACUGGACAGAAAUCCUAAAGUGUGAAGAAUGUCACAAAGCCCUUAACAAGUCCUCAAUUCUUAACAGAUAUAAGACGUUUCAUACUGGAGCGAAACUCUACAAUCCUGAAUGAUGUCACGGUGCUUUUAACAAUACCUCAAACUUUUCUAAACAUAAAAAAAAAAUUAUACUAGUGCAAAACUCUAGAAAUAUAAAGAACAUGAAAAACUUUUAAAUGGUUUUCACACUUGAUUGCAGGUAAAAUAAUUUAUACCGGAGAAAACUCCAAGUGUGAAGAAUAUAACUUUUAACGAGUGUUCACAACUUAUUGUACAGGAAAGCAUUUAUAGUUGAGAAAUGGUGUACAAAUAUAAAGAAUGUGGAAAAGUCAUUAAUAUUUGCUCACAUAUUACACAUCAGAGUUCACACUUAAUAAAAGUAUUAUAAAUACAA